UGGUUGGAGUACCAUCGAUACGCAGGAGUGACUCGGUUCUACUGGUACGAUGAGGCAAGGAGCACAGAAGAGGACCAGGACGUGGUGCUCGCCCCGUACAUUGAUGCCGGCCUAGUGGUAUACCACCGCGUGCGCGAGCUGCCGUUUGUGGGCGGAAAUUUCACGGAUUACCUGGAGAGAAUGUUCCGGUGCAAGCAGGGGGCUGCUUACAACCACUGGGUGCAGCACUAUGCAUCGGAGGUGCACUGGGGUUUUCACACCGAUAUCGACGAGUAUUUCUUUUCCCCGGCCGGCACGCCGCCCGGCUUUCUUCGUCACUACCUGCAGACACUGCCAAAAACAACAAUACAGGUCUUGAUUCAGAACGUCUUUUUCCUUGGGGAUCCGAUCGGUCCCGACACGGAUACCUUACUAGAGCGCUACACCCUCCGCAUGCCCAACUCCUCCCAGCGGCACCGCACUAAACCCAUUGCAUGGCUGCCCCUCGCCGUUCACCUUAUGGACGACUGUAUCAACCCCCACGAGUGGCCUAUGAUGGAGAAUGGGCCGCCGCCAUUGGUCGAUACGGGGGUGAUGAGGUUGAAUCACUACUGGGGGGACCGCGCCGGGGUGAUUUCGGACAAUACUCCGGUUUACACGAUGGAUGUUACGAUGAUGGACGAGUAUGGGGACGGGCUCGUGAAGGAUGAUUCGGCCAAGCCCAUGGGAGUGUGGCUGCGGCAGCGCAUGCAGGUGGCAUGGGCGGUCAUUUCAGCCCAGGCGGUUCACAAGGAGAGGAAGCGGCUCAGGAAACGUGUGGCUGAGGUGAAGACACGUGUCAGGCAGCUAGUGGCUCUCGUGCCCUGGUUGUUGAAGGGGAGAGGAGGCGAGGGAGUGAGGAGAGGACGAGGAGGAGAGGGAGGUGGAAGAGGAGGGGGGAUGAAGGGAGGAGAGGAAGGAGAGGGAGGGAAGGAGAGGGAGGAAGCAAGAAAGAUGGAGGGUGGGGUGAGCAUGGAGGGGUGCUGA